AAAAAAAAUGGUGCUGAAGGGGAAGCGAGAAGAGCCAACCAACAGGCUCCGAGGAAACAUGAUUACAAAGGGAAAGGUAUUGCCUAUGAGGGUGCAAAGCAAGAAGGCUCUUCAAAGGUGGGUCCGGGAAGAAGGUACAGGGAACAAGGAAGAACAGCCUCAAGAUAUGUGAGGCAGGGAGGAGGUGGGGCGUCAUUUGGAUGCUUAACACAAACUUAUGUUAGAGGCAUUGUCGAGUGGGGGUCAGAAGGAGACAUCAGAUCUAAGGCAAGGAAGGUUCUUCACUUUGAGGAGCCUACUCCUCCUCUGGUAGAACAAGGAAAUGAAGGAGAUAGGAGUGCUGUUGUGGUCAGUGUGCAGGGGAAUGACAUGGAUCUUCCGGGGCUAUCAAAUAGGGAUGCUGCGACGGUUGCUUUGGGUGCUGAAACCACCGUAGGAGAUGAGGAGAUGAGGGCGAUUGUAUCACCGGUUAAGCAGGUGGGUCAUGAAAGUAUACAGGCUGGUGGGAAGAAAGUGGAGGAGGAGGCACCAAAUGAAUGUCUAGACGAUGAGAAGAUGGAGGAUGAGCUUUUAGCAGAGAAGGGUAUGGAGUUGGUCCAGGAUAUCGAUGACCAGAUGAAGGAUACAGAGAUGGUGGUGGCUGCAGAUAACGAUUUGGAGGGAUAA